AUGCACAGGUUGGGGUUCCAGCGGGACUUACAAGAGGCUGCCGCCUUGGAGCGACGGCGGCAGCGGGAGCUGCAGCGGCAGAAUCGCAUCUUCAACGUGCGGCUCCGGACCAUAGGGGUUGAUAAAGAUGCAUUGGAUAGCCAGGUCAAGGACAAAAAAAUUCAAGAAGCAGCUGAAAAAGCACGAAAUGAAGAACUUGCUAAUGAAAGCAAGCAAAAUGACAAGAUCAUGUGCAUGUUAGAGGAACGACAGAAAAAUGAGAUCAGAAACAUAAACAAGGCUCUCAGUGAAUUUUGGAAGAAUUUUCAGGCGCCGGAAACAAGACGUGAGUUUGACCUGUCUGAUCCACAGGCCUUAAAGAAGGACAGACCUGCUCGUCUUUCAGACAAUGAUCCUCGGUGUACGGUAUCUGGCUUGCAGAAGUUUAUGGGUGAGGACUUAAACUACGAUCAGAGGAUGAAAUUUCAAAAGGAGCAGUUCAGGGAGUGGUCUCUUCAGCAACAGCGAGACUGGAAGAAUGCAUUAGCUGAUCAAAAAUUUGCAGAUUACCUUUAUGACAAGAAUAGGAUCGAAGUUGACCGAAAUACGAUGGAACAACAACGUAAAGAAGAAGAAAAAAGGCGUGCUGUUUGUGCGGCUACUAAAGAUUUCAAUAGAACCCAGGCUUCUGAAAUGGCUGAGAGAAAGAAAUUGGAAAAGCGUCAAAAAAAUAAAGAAGACAUGGAUGAAAUUUCAAACCUCCUUCAAGGAGACUUACUGUCUGAAAACCCUGAGCAAGCAGUGAGUUCCUUUGGUAGACACCGUGUGAUCCCAGAUAGGUGGAAGGGAAUGAGUCCAGAUCAGCUGAUGGCAAUCCGUUACUCCCAGCAGCAACAAGUUCUGGAGAAACAGAGACUAACCGAGGAAGAACGCCGACGAGAUGCUGAAUGGGACAGGCAGCGCAUACAGGCUGCAAGAGCACAGCUGCUUUUAGAGCGCCAGCAGGAACAGCAGAGUCGGGAAUGCCGCCGAGCUUUAGAUUGCAUCAAUGCAGAGCUAUCUCAGGAGCAGAAAUCAAAGUAA